AAGUGGCCGCGGCGUUCAGUCCUCGACCCGCCGCCGCGCCGCUCGCACGCGCCAUGGACGCACGCGAAUUAAAAAGUUAAAUUAAAAAAUCAAAAUGUCAUUCCGGAGGCUGGUGAGCGCGGUGAGGUCUGCGCGCGAAGCGCUCGCCCGCGGCGCCCCUAUGGCGGACAAUAUAUUAAAAAGUUUAGUUUCUGUUAUUGUUAUUUGUUGUAUUGCUGUGUCUUCGCCGCCGAGCGCGUCGGCGAAGCCGUUCGCGCUGAGUUUUCCCGCGGGAUGGUCGCUGGCGGGGCUGGUCGGCAGCGUGGGCGCGCGGUCGGAUGAGUCGGAGCGGCCCGCGGCGGGCGUGAAGCCCUACACGGGGAGGCGCGUCGGGAACGACACGCUGAGGAUGAUCUACUACUACGACCAGACGGUGGCCGUGGUGGAGCUGGGCCCGGAGAAGCUGUUGCUCAAUUGCGAGCUCAUCGAGACUCUUGACGAGGAAGAUACAGAGCGCCUGCUCCGGCAGCUGGGGCGCAUCAACAGGCCGCUGGGCAUCAGCUUCCCGCAGAUGAUCAAGCUCAUGAGCCAGUGCCAGCAGGUAACGCCACGGCUUCGCAAAAAGGUGGAAGGAGUAGAAGCACACCACCACCAUCACCACAUGACGGCUCGCGGUGAAACGUGGCGGGAGGGAGGGGCGGCGCGCGCGCGCCUGGACAAUGGUGGAGCGCAUGCUGGACUGCUGGGGGGGAGUCCACUCACGCUGCUGCAGGGGAUCAUACCUGGCACAAAAUGGUGCGGCACCGGCGACAUCGCGUCCGACUACCACGACCUCGGCGCCGACCGGCGGCUCGACCGCUGCUGCCGCUCGCACGACCUCUGCCCCACCAAGGUCCGCGCCUUCUCCCGCCGCUACAACCUCACCAACAACUCCCUCUACAGCAAGUCUCACUGCACAUGCGACGACAUGCUCUUCGACUGCCUCAAACACACCAACACCUCCGCCUCACACCUCAUGGGACACAUCUACUUCAACAUAGUUCAAGUCCCGUGUCUCGAGGACGCACCCAAUGGUCGGAAGUUCCGAAAUGCCAAACAGGGCUUUUAGCGUAUCAGCGCCAUCGAGGGUUUGGAAUUUGCAUUUCUAUUUAGGAGUGUAACAAGAAGUUUGUAAUAACUCUGGAGGUUGCGGGUAGAACAAAAAAUUGAGACAAGGAAUAUGACAUGCAGCUAAGUCACGUGGCCAAAUUGUUCUACUUCGGGGAUCGCAUGGUCAAAUUCUAGGCCCCAAGAUUUCCCCCUUCAGAUGCAUUCUGAUGGGCAGAGAAUCAACCCGUGCAAAGACAACAGAGCGUAAAAGCGUAAAUUCGGCUCUAAUUUGUAGCAUUUUUACGGUUCCGUACCAAAAAGGUACAAAAGGAACCCUUAUGAUGCGACUCUGUUUUAAUUCUAAAAGCAAUCUUCAGUGAUAUUACACAUAAGCUUCUUGGACUGUAAAUAAAGACAUUUUAACUGUGAUACGCCUGUGCCUUUACGAAUGCCUUGGAGGCAUUAAGGUGGCACUUCAUUUGAUGUUGGACAAUUUUUUGUUUUGCAUGCCUGAAAAUAUAUGGCGAUGUCAACGCCAUCUAUUUGGAACUCAAGAAACUAUCAAUUGCGUUCAUAUCGAGCUAACGAACGCCAAAACGAAGAUGUGCAAAUUUUAUUGUGCAUGUGCAGUUAGAGCAGACCAAGUUAAGUUGGGACUUAGCAGUGAUUCUCAUACUCAUAGCGCAGUUUGAGCUGUUACGUCAUAAUUUCAUAGAAAUUUGACGUCUAAAAUUUAGCUCAGUGUGGAUGCGCCAACAGACAAAUGAAGUGCUGCCUAUAGAUAGAGUGGCGCUAUACCUACAAAAUGGUUUGACGAACGUAUUGAUGAUCAUGGCAAUCUAUACCUCUCGCGUCGAAUGAUGGUCCCCGUGAUCAGAAUUCAAAAUUUAAAAACGCUACUUGCCUCCUAGUCAAAUCAGAUUCUUUUUAAGAACUGUCAGAACGAAUUUGAACGACUUGCUAAUAAGGAACUUAUAAAAUCGAAUUGAGUGACGUCACGG